CAACUUCAACUUCAUCUCACCAUCACCAUCAUCAUCACCACCACCUAUCGAUUUCCAUCUCGAAACCUCAACAAAACUCAAUCAACCUCUCAAUAUCAACCAAAUCACAAUUCUUCAAACUAUGAGAUCUUGAUUUUAACUUUUUCCAUAUCAUAUUACGCUUUUAAAUUCAUCAUCAAUUGUCGGUGAUAGUGUUACUUUGUUGAAGUUGAUAUCGUUUUAAUCGUCUACAAGAAAACUGUCAUCUUGUGACCUUACUUUGUUGUUAUCGUCUCAUUGGAUUUCUUUUCUGUAAAGCUGUCUCUAGUUUUUAAAUUUAUCAGAAUCUAGACUGAAGACUUGCCAAAGAAAAAUAAAGACUUAUUCACACUUUUUAAAUUACAUCCUGCCCACCUCUCUUAUACUCAUCUCAUUAUUACCUCAUUUUCAACUUCAUCUUCAUUACCGUCUCACUAUCAAUCUCACAACAACCGCCUCCUCCGGCUGACUAAUCCUGAACUUCAGCCAUCACCAAAACUAAUCAUUCACACUGGUCCUCAACUGAUUACGCUGCUCAUUCUCACAUCCAUUCCUCUUGUGCCAUCUUGAGAAAUGUCUGGUCAUGUGUAUUACCGAUUCAAAUCUCAAAAGGACUUUCAACGAAUCGUAUUCGAUGGCAUUGGAAUAUCAGUAUGGGAUUUGAAGCGUGAAAUUAUUACUGAUGCUAAGUUGGGCAAAGGCACUGAUUUUGAUUUUGCGGUCUACAACGCCGAUACCGAUGAGGAAUAUAAAAAUGAUCACGCUAUCGUUCCUCGUUCUUCUUCAGUCAUUGCUCGUCGAUUACCUCCUAAGCGGUCUGGCCAUGGUAAUGCUCAACAAUAUGUCAACUCUUUACCUCUGGCAGCCCAUGCACGUCCUGCCUCGCAAGCCACAGCCCAUGCUGAUUGGCGAGGUGGAGGCUCUAUCUCAAAAGACUUUCGUCAACAGGCUGAUGCAGCCGCAGCGGCUGUGAUGCCGGUUGUGGCUGGUAAUGCGCGAGACUCGGAAGCUGAGAGCAUGGCUGCCAUGUUUGCUGCACAAGAAGAACAAUGGCAACAAACUCAAGAAACUAUGGCUACUGCGACGCGAGUUGGCCGAGUCCUUGGCUUCAGAGACCGUGGUCCUGCUCGUGGGCCUUAUGUCGACCGUACCAAGCCUCGUGAGGCUGUUAUCCCAGAUUUUCCACCAAGUAUACCCCCGCAAGGGUAUAUCUGUUACCGUUGUGGAUUGAAAGGUCAUUGGAUUCAAAAUUGCCCGACAAACGAUGAUCCAGAGUUCGAGGGCCGCCCUAGGAUCAAGAGAACUACUGGUAUUCCUAAGAGUUUCUUGCAGAAAGUCGAAAGUGCCGUUGUUCAAGGCAAAAGUGUCAUGGUCACAGCAGAUGGAAGCUUUGUUAUCGCCCGACCUGAUGAUGCGUCUUGGAAGCAACAUAAAUCUGGGGUCGUCAAACACUUAUCUGCGGCUGACAUUCAGAGCCUUCGACCCUCAGAUCCUGAUUUGGCCUGUUCGAUAUGUUCCACACUGUUGAAAUCUGCUGUCAAGACUUCCUGUUGUCGAUCCGCGUUUUGCUAUGAUUGUAUCUCCAAUCACCUAAAAGAACACUCAUCCGUAUGUCCUGAAUGCGAAACCAAAGUUUCCUCGAAUCUAUCCAAGUCCUUGAUCGAAGAUGAGGAACGUCGGGCCAGGAGUCGCGCAUAUGUCGAAGACUUGCUACGGGCGAGUAAGGAAUCACAAGAAGAGAGCAAGAGCGCUGAAGCCGAUCAGGUCAACAAGUCCGAUGAUAUCAACUCGACCAACGCCGAUCCAUCAAAUGUGAAUAAAACUUCCAGUAACAAAGUGUCAGACACCCAAGAUGCAUCAGGCGAAAAGGACGAGAUUCCAGGGCUGAACCCAAGUACAUCAGCGGCUCAUCACAGGCAAAACAGUACAUCGAAUCGCACCGUACAAUCUAACGAGUCUGGUGAAGAGUCCAGAAAGUCCUCUGCUCCUACAUCCGUCACAUCCGCCUCUUCCAAUGUCUCGCCGCCUACGCAGCAAUCUUGUCAUCUCGAAGACGAAGCCAGUGGCGCUCCGAAUCAUCUUGCCAACAUGGUCCCUAUGCAUCAUCCAAUUCAUCAGCACAUGAACGGGGGUGAUCAAAUAAACAAUGCCAUGAUGGAUGGUGGGAAUGGAAUGCCUGACAAUACGGACAUGGCUAUGAUGCACGGAAUGGGUGGUAAUCAUAAUGUUGUGAUGAGCUCGAAUCAUCCAGGUAUGUUCAUGCCAAACGGACAUUUAAAUCAGAAUGGACAAGCCAAUCAUAUGAACAUGGGUGGAAUGAUGAAUGGAGAAGAGAUGCUACCGAUACCGAUGCAGAUGAAUAAGAUCAUGAUGAUGCUUCAGAACCCUCAACUUCAACAACCUAUGAGGAUGCAACUCAUGAUGCAAUAUCAACAUCUUCAACAAAUGUUCAUGAUGCAGAAUAUGGGCUCCGGACCUCCGCAGAUGAACAUGCAAACUCCCAACCAUCAAAAUCAGCAUAUGAUGCAUAUGAAUAUGAUGAAUGGUAACAACGGGCAUAUCUCGAAUGGUAUGACGCCAUCGCACGUGGGAGGCAUCUCUGGUGGUAUGGGCGAGAUAAACCCGGGUACUGGACCUUACCGAGGACGAGGGGGUCAUCAAUUUCAAGCACGUACAAACGGCGGUCGUGGUGGAAGGCAUACGAAUGAUUCUGCACCAUAUCAGCGAUUACCAAUGAACGGUCGAAGACCGAAUUCGAAUAAGCGUGGUAGAAGUGAAGAUUUGAUUGAACUUCAAUCAGGAGAGAAAGUACCAAGGUAUAUGUAAAAUGAUCUACCAGAAGCAUAUCCUUGCAUACAUCAAGUUUGAACCAUGUGAAUUAGCAAUUAUUUGUGCCUUUUUUAUAAGUCUAUCUCUUCUCCUUUUCUCUCUUCAGUCAUCUGACUAGUAAAAUUAGCCGGAAUAACGAUUUCCAAGUUCAUCUUUUUAAUCCGCUUCUCAUCUAUCCAUUCUGAUCAGAUCAUCCUAGCUACAUGGCCAUAACAUAACAUAUCUAUCUAUCUAUAUAAAUACAAUUUCCAAAACAGGCUGUUUUUUUCUUCAAAUCCUAUCUGAUACCCUCCCCUCUCCGACUUAGAUAUGUUUCAACAUCUUUCAAUCAAAUCACAAAAAUACACACCUAACUUUUUUUAAAAAGCAAUGUAUCCUGAUGAUUGUAUAGUUUCUUUGCUUUCAGAAAGUGGACAAAAGAAAAGAUAGAUUAAAUGGAAGAGAUUAGGGUCUUUUUCCCGCUGAUUUUUGUUUCUUUUUUGAUUUAUAUUGUGUGUGUGUGAGUUUUAGAUGAUGCAAUAUCAUCAUCGAUAUUUUUUC